AUGGCUUCUUCUUCUUCUAUCUCAUUCUCAUGCGCACCUUCACUCUUCUCCACCAAACCCUUUAAUCGUUCUCCUUCUUCUUCCCCGAGGCUGCUCUCCUCUCGAUUUCUCGGAACCCGUAACUUGAAGCUUCAGAUCCGACCAGCCAGACUCGGACCCUCCAACGGGUCAAGAACCACCUGCUGGUUCAAGUUCGGCAAAAACGGCGUCGAUGCUGAGAGUGCCGGAAUCUAUGGCAGUCAGACUCGCGACGACUUCGACAAAGACGACGUUGAACAGUAUUUCAACUACAUGGGGAUGCUUGCGGUUGAAGGUACCUACUCAAAGAUGGAGGCUCUUCUAAACCUAAACAUUCACCCAGUCGACAUCCUGUUGAUAUUAGCCGCCACAGAAGGUGACAGACCUAAAAUCGAGGAGCUGCUCAGAGCUGGUGCUAAUUACUCGGUCAAAGAUGCUGAUGGAAGAACCGCUCUUGACAGAGCCAGCAGCGAAGAGAUCCGUGACUUGAUCCUUGGCUACUCAGCUCAAAAGGCUUGA